AAAGGAUAAAUGUCAAGAGUCAAUUAUAAAUCUGGCUGGGAGAAUUUUGAGAUAAAAAAUUUUAAUUCUGCGUUAAAAAUAUCAACUUAAAAUAAUUAUUUAUUAAUUUGAAAAAUUUAAAAUAAGAAAUUGAAAAGUUGGAGAUUGAAUUGCAAUGAAGUUAUCACUAAAACGAUAUUCCUUUAUUUUAUUUUUUCAGUUUUCAUUUUUGUUUAUAGAUCUUUUAUUGAACAGUUUCGCAUAUUUGGCUAGAGGUGACAAACUUUCAAUUAUAUUUGUUUUUCUCGCUCAAGAUAUUUGUUUAAUAUUGGCUUUUACUACUCUUAUAUUCUCCAUGUAUUCAACGUAUAUUUAUCAAGCUGGUGUUGCUGAAUUACUUUAUAAAAAAUUUCGUUUACCAUUAAUUGUUUUAACAAUUUAUUUUAUGCUUUGUGUUGGUUAUCAUGUAUUCAGUGUCAUGAGUCAUGAUAAAAGUCCUUAUUCCUUCCAAUGGCCUGCAGGACUCACAGCAUUAUUUAUUCUUCAAAGAUUAUUUUCACCUGUAUAUUAUUAUCUGUACAAACGUUCUGCAUUAAGAAUGAGUGAUCCAAGAUUUUAUGAAAAUAUGGAUUGGGUAGCUGAACAGUUGGCUAUCAAAUAAAUAAAUUCAAUUUUCUUUAAAUACAUGAUUAACAAAAUUUUAUUCAUUUUAAAUUUCUAAUAUGUAUAUACAUAGAAUAUAGGUAAAUAUAUAUAUUUGAUCAUAUAUUUAUAUAAAAUUAAUUAAUAUUCCUAUUAGAUG